AUGGCAACUGUAACAUGGGCCGCACCGAAUGUCACAGACAACUCAGGAGACAUUUUUUCACCAGUAUGUGAUUACCUGAGUGGAACAACAUUCUCUGAACAUUACACUACUGUUACUUGUAAUGCUACUGACGAUUAUGAAAACACUGGGUACUGUACAUUCAACAUUUUCAUCAUUGAUAAGACAGCCCCUAAUGUGACUUGCCCAGCUGACAUUGAGGUGUGCACGGACCUAGGAACAGAUUCAGUCGAUGCCACCUGGGAACCAGCCAAUGCACCUGACAACUGCUGCAGUGAUGUCACCAUAACUACUAACUACACUAGCGGAAAUUCUCUGACACUUGGUGUAUACACAGUAGGAUAUGAAGCAACAGAUUGUAAUGGGAAUGUUGGUUUCUGUCAAUUUACUGUUGAAGUUAAAGAUUGCGAGCCUCCGGAUAUUGAAUGUCCACCCAGCCAAAACAUAACAGGUGACGGGAACUGCUGGGUAAAUGUCACCUGGACAGCACCCUAUGUUACAGACAACUCUGGAGACUCUUUCACACCAGUAUGUGAUCAUAUAGAAAGCACAUUUUAUGAUGUCAGCACUGUUGUAACAUGUAAUGCCACUGACAAUUAUGAUAACAUUGGCAAUUGUACAUUUACCAUUGCUAUUUAUGAUGAUGAAGAUCCUGUCAUAAAUUGCCCAGCUGACAUAGAAGUUUGUGCUGAAACUGGUUCUAUAGCAGCAUCUGUCACUUGGGAACUCAUCAACGCAACUGACAACUGUUGUGACAAUGUAAACACAACGUCAGAUUACACAUCAGGAGAUGAAUUUGAAAUUGGCGAAAAUGUAGUAACAUACAUAGCCACUGACUGUAAUGACAACUCCGCAUUAUGCAAUUUUACUAUAAUGGUGUUUGAUUGCGAAGCUCCUGUUUUAAACUGUUCACAAAAUGUCAAAUUUGAUGCUGAUGACAAUUGCACUUCCAAUGUAACUUGGACUGAAGUAACAGCAAGAGAUAAUUAUGAUAGUGAUUUAACUGUGUUCUGUAACCCGACUGAAGGUAUUUUUCCAUUGGAAAACUACACAGUAACCUGUAAUGCAACCGACAUGGCAGGAAACAUUGGCAAUUGCUCCUUCAAUGUUUACAUUUUUGAUGUGACUUCUCCUGACCUGAUAUGUCCAGACAAUAUUACUGUUGAUACUGAUGAAGGUGUUAAUACCGCCGCAGUGUCAUGGACCUCUGCCAUCGCUACUGAUAACUGUUGUGGAGAUGAGACUAUUGAGUAUUACAAUGCCACAAAUGGCACCGAAUUUGGCAUUGGAGUUACUGAAGUUUUUUUUAAAGCAGUAGAUUGCUAUGGAAAUCAGAAUGAAUGUGUUUUUAUCAUUGAUGUUAAAGACAAAGAAGCACCAAUACUUGAAUGUCCACCAAACCAAAAUGUAACAGGUGAUUCUAGCUGUAUGGCAACUGCAACAUGGGCCGCACCGAAUGUCACAGACAACUCAGGAGACAUUUUUUCACCAGUAUGUGAUUACAUGAGUGGAACAACAUUCUUUGAACAUAACACUAUCGUUACUUGUAAUGCUACUGACGAUAACGACAACACUGGGUACUGUACUUUCAACAUUUUCAUCAUUGAUGAGACAGCCCCUAAUGUGACUUGCCCGGUUGACAUUGAGGUGUGCACGGUCCCAGGAACAGAUUCAGUGGAUGCCACCUGGGAACCAGCCAAUGCAACUGACAACUGCUGUAGUGAUGUCAACAUAACUACUAACUACACCAGCGGAAAUUAUCUGUCACUUGGUGUAUACACAGUAGGAUAUGCAGCAACAGAUUGUAAUGGGAAUGUUGGUUACUGUCAAUUUACUGUUGAAGUUAAAGGUACCAGAAAUACCAUGACGUAA